UCCUCUUGUUCCUAACCCCAAACCACCCUCUCCUAUUUGUCCUAACCCCAAGCCUUUUUCUCCCCUAACUCAUUUCCCCCCCUUGACCAUGUUGCCAUGUGUCUGCUGGCUUCAGCUUAUCCUCAUUUUGCUGUCCUCUGUCUUAUGGACCCGGGGGGAGAACUGCCCAGCAACCUGCUUGUGCCCAGAUCCUCACACUGUGGACUGCAGUGGCCGUGGGCUAACUAGUUUACCCGAUGAGAUCCCCUUGGAUGUGCGCAGGCUUUUGCUGGCCGACAACUGGAUAAACCGUAUCCCCUCCGACUUUCUGGUUCUAUACAGUGACUUGGUCUAUCUGGACCUCCGGAACAACUCCCUUUCCCACAUAGAACCAGGGACUCUCAGCACCUCUUCCAGGCUGGUCUUCCUGGACCUUGGCAGCAACAAUUUGACUGAAAUCCCUAAGGGGACAUUUGGGGAGUCUCGGAGUUUGAUCAAACUACGACUGGGAAACAACCCAUAUCUGAGCAAGGUGAGUGAGGAUGCUUUCCUGGGCCUCACCUCUCUGAGAGAACUUGAACUGGAGCGUAAUGCGCUGUCUACCCUAAAGGUGGGGGCAUUGAGUCAGUUGCCCUCCCUGCGGGUAGUGAGGCUUGAGGGCAACCCCUGGGUGUGCAAUUGCAACUUUGCCAACCUGUUUGCAUGGCUAACGGAGAACAGUAAUAAGCUUCCAAAUGGGGUCAAAGGAUUGGAGUGCUCCCUCCCUAUGGAUGGCAGACGUGUAUCCCUUACCCAGCUCUCAAAGGACAGCUUCCGUGAGUGCCAGGCCACCCUGACUCUGACAGACCUUCUUAUCAUCAUUUUCUCUGGCAUCUCAGUGUCUGUAGUGGCCAUUAUGACCAGUUUCUUCCUGGCUUCAACUGUUCAUUGCUUCCAGCGUUGGAGUAAAGGCACCAAGGGGGAUGAAGAGGAGAGUGAGGAGUGAGAAGGACUUACUUUUAAAGAACUGCACGGUCCUUCUCCUUCCGGCAGUGAGAGAACAUAGAAGACAAUGUGUGCCCCAUGCCGUUUCCUUUCUGGUCAAUAUCCAGGACUGUUCAAUGGUAGGAUCUUGCCCUGUUAAGGCUGAAGUUGUUUUCUUUGCACAUGGACUUCUGAAAUAUGGUAAUAAAAGACACUGGAAAGGAAUGAGUCCUAUUAAAGGUUAGCGUGUGUGCUGCACCACUCGCAAAAUGCUAUUAUAGAGAUCUUAUUUUUGGCUGUUAGCGCUUGUGGUCAUUUAUGGCCACUGGCUCUUGGCUCAGUGUUACAAGUCUACACAAAUAUGCCAAGACCUUUAUAAAAAAAAAGAAAAGAAAUAGAUAAUAAAAAAAAGUGUUGCUGCAGUACUCUCGUAUUAGUCUUAGUCAUACCAAAAACCUUUCAAAAUUUAGUCGUGUAGGACAUUCAAUCCUGGAAUCUGAAAU